AUCAAUCUUGUGUAGAAAAGCUGGGAAUCUUCUCUGAAAGUUGUUACCGGCGCUACAUCUGGCAUUGGUAAGGCUUAUGCAAAUGAGCUUGCACAAAGAGGUCUGGAUGUAGUUUUGAUAGGCAGAUCUGAUUAUAAACUCCGAAUGGUUGCCAAAGAGAUUGAGAGUAAAUCUGGACAAAAGACUCGCACCAUCCAGGUGGACUUUACACAUGGCUGCAGCAUCUACCCUGCUAUAGCCGAGGAACUUCAAGGCCUGGAGAUAGGAAUUCUGGUUAACAAUGUGGGGAUGACCUGUAAUGAUCAUUUUGCUUAUUUUCUGGAAAUCCCAGAUUCUGAACCGACAAUCACUCAUAUGGUCAACUGUAACGUGCUGUCUGUUCCUCAGAUGACCAGACUGGUUCUUCCAGGCAUGCUUGAAAGAGGGACAGGACUGAUCAUCAAUGUCUCAUCUGAGAUGGGUGUCCGUCCACAGCCUUUGUUGGCCCUGUAUUCGGCCACCAAGGCUUUUGUGUCAUACUUCUCCCAGUGCCUGCAUGCUGAGUACAAGUCAAAGGGAAUUACUGUUCAGUGUGUGGCCCCCCUCAUGGUGUCCACCAACAUGACCAGCAACGUGAGAGUCAACUGUUUGGUGAAGAGUGCUUCAGGGUUUGUCCGAGAGGCUAUGAACACCGUGGGCCACACCAGCUACACCAGUGGCUGUUUGUCCCACUCCCUGCAGAGCGUGGCUUUCGCAUUGUUCUUACCGGACUGGCUGCGAACAUCGACAUUCCUCAUCAGAAAAAUGCGAAAUCUUUCAAAUGCAAGACAAUAUGAAAGGAGAGUACAAAAUGGAAAGUGGAUGAUCAGCGCAAAGGAGGAGUAG